GCAUAUAAAAAGGGAGCAGCUUUGACUCAGUAACUAAACAGCCAGCGGCUUGGAACAUUAAGCUAGAAGUUGCACACAAAGGAAAAAGAGAUGGAUUCUUCUGCUAGCCAACAACUCAAAAGUUCCCUUAAAGACUUGUCUGAGGCCUUAAAAGAGGCGACAAAGGAGGUCCAUGUUCAGGCAGAAAACACAGAGUUCAUGAGGAACUUCCAGAAAGGACAAGUUUCCCUAGAGGAGUUCAAGCUGGUCAUGUCCUCGUUGUACUUCAUCUAUGAAGCUCUGGAGGAAGAGAUUAAUAGAAAUAAGGACAAUCCAGUCUUUUCUCCUGUUUAUUUCCCCAUGGAACUCCAUCGUAAAAAUGCCCUAGAAGAAGACCUUGAGUAUUUCUAUGGUCCGCAAUGGAGGAAGAAAAUUAUUUGUCCUCGUUCAACAAAAAAUUAUGUUGACAGACUUCACCAGGUUGGGCAAAAUGAGCCAGAGCUGCUAGUGUCUCAUGCCUAUACCCGUUAUUUAGGAGACCUCUCGGGCGGACAGGUUCUUAAAAAAAUUGCCCAAAAGGCCCUGCAGCUUCCAGCCAGUGGUGAAGGUUUAGCAUUUUUUACUUUUGACAAUGUCACUAAUGCAACUAAAUUUAAACAGCUUUACCGUUCCCGUAUGAACUCCAUUGAAAUGAAUACACAUAACAUGAAUAGGAUAUUAGAGGAAGCUAAGACAGCAUUCCUGCUUAAUAUCAAGGUGUUUGAAGAACUGCAGACCCUGUCACUAGCAGCAUCUCAGAACAGGACCGAGGCAACAGAAUUAAGAAGCAGAGGACACAAGACAGAAAAUGGUAGCCCUGCAAAGACAGAAAACAGAGAGACCAACGGUUCCUCAGAGGAGCAGCCCACAACAUUCCUUCGCUGGCUUCUUAUUGCUGGCUGUGCACUCAUCACUCUCAUGGGACUAUACAUUUUCUAAGGCAAUUAGCGCUUUUUACUGAAGGUCCAUGACUUCAACUACAUUUCCAAUAUGAACACUCCAGUUUCAAGAUCACAAACAUGAUUUGACUGACAAUAUUCAGACAGACAGUUGUUCAUAUGCCUUAGUGCCUAUAAUACUUUUAUAUCUGACUUAUUAUAUAGGUGGUCUGAAUAGCAGCUAUCUUUGGAUUUCUACAAUACAAUUAAAGAGGUGGUUCUCCUUAAAUUCAACUAAGUAUAUUAUAAAAUGGGCAAUUUUUCGCAACACUUCAAUUGGUCUUCAUAGUCAAAAAACUAUUUCUCGUGACUACAAUUUAAUUGUUAUUAUUACUUGGCUUUCUAUUCAGGCCCUCUCCUAUGUAUAUUCCAGUUUCUCAUUUAAACCACUGCCCAAUUGUAAGGGUAAUUUGGACCCUAGCAACAAGAUAGCUGCUAAAACUGGAGAGGUGCUGAACAAAGAGAAACAAGGUAGUAAAAAAUGAAGACCGAUUGCAAAUUGUCUCAGAACAGUACAAAAUACGAAAAGUUAAUUUAAAGGCAAUUGUCACAGAACAGUACAAAAUACGAUAAGUUAAUUUAAAGGUGAACAACUCCUUUAGCUCAGGUGAUAUUAUUCUAUAGAUAACUUAUCAUAUUCUCUGGUUUAUGCAGUGUACUUCUAAGCAAACAACAAGGGCAUUAUUGGAGGUAGUACACAAGGUGCUUCAAAUACUUAGGAAUGGUUUGCCUUUCUUGAUUCUGUUAUAUGAAAUGCAAAGAGAAUAAUGUAUAUGUGGGAGGUGCCCUGGACAGGUCUAUAUACCCUUAUAUAAUAUAUCGUUCAAUUCCCUAUGGGACCAAACUGUAAAUGAUAUCCUUAUAAACGGUGCUAAUGUCAUCAGUUAUAAUCUGAGCAUAGUGAUGUAAUUUCUGUCACAUGACUCACUAAAAUUUGUAUAUUAUAAUAAAUAAAGUACUCCCUGUUGUAAAAUAUAAGUAUCCAUGACUGGUAUAAAAGCACUUAAAAAGCCUUCGCCUUGUGCUUUUAUAUGGUCAUGGAACUCCUCAGUGGCUUAGAAUAUCCCUAUAUUUUACAAUAGGAGACAUUUUAUUCACCAUAUAAUUCCACCAUUAUCUAAUUAUACACAUUCUAAACCAAUGUGUUUACAAAGAUGUACAGUUUCCUUAUACAACUAAGCAUACAUUGGGUGCACAAAAGUAUUCCAGCAACUGUGUUCAUGUGCAGGUUUUUAAAGAUUUUUCUCAUAUGCUUUCUCUCUUUACUGAUUCAAUUAUUGGUCAUUUUUUUAACAAAACACACACCUAAAGAGUUAAAGGAAACAGGAAUUUAUUUUAAAGUACUGCUUUAUAUACAUGUAAAUGCACAACUUGUUCAAACAACCUGGCACUGUGAAUUAAGACAGACUAUACAUAUUACUGUACAAAGUGUACACCCAAGGUUCCAUGUAAUUAUACCAAGAUGUAACACUGACGUGGCCUGCAUUAUUAUUCUACAUAAGCUUCAGCUUUAAACAAAGUUUGGUUUUUAUACAUAUUUUUUAAUAUUCUAACCAAAAAUGAAAAGCUUUUCAUUUUUUUUUUUUUUUUUUACUUUCUUUGCCAAAAGAUUUGAAAUUUUCAAAAUAUUGUGCAUUGUUAAACAAAAAUUUGCCGAAAGGCUCUGGUGUCUCUUAACUGACAUUUUUGGUACUAAACAAAGUCCUACGGUUUUUUUCUGUGCUCAUCAGUACCUGUCAUUAUUGCCUCUAUGCUGGAGCAGUGACUUACCAUUUUGCGCAUUUAUGUUACAUUUCACAUUAUCCUAUAACAAAUACCAUUUAUCCCUUCCCACAUUCUCAACAAAAACAUUGUCUUUUAUUAAUCAUAUUAAACUUGCUUAUUUGUGUUACGGAUUAUGUGUUUUGAAGUUGUAUUCAAAGUAUUGUGUUAAACAAAAAAAUCAAAAUGUAAAUUUAUAUUUUUAUACUAACUGCACAAUAAAAUUGUAAUAAAAAAAUAAAACAACAUGCA